UGCAAGUAGGUAGUCGCACACGCCACUUAUCGCGGUGAAGACGGACGCCGCGAAACGAACGUAUACGUAAUACAUAAUUUGAUCACACCCCGAGAAUGGUCUCAAAACACACACACACACAUGACGAUUAGAAUAUUUUACAGUUUAUUAUUAUUUAUUUUAUUACAACACAUCGCGCGCGUAUACGUUACAAUAUAGACCACCUGUUAAUAUUUACAUUGAGUCUCUCAAACGGAAUAAAAAACAAAAAUUUCGUCGAUAAGAAAUAGAUACCUACCUUAAAUAUUAACGGCGUCAUAGUAAUAAUACUCACGUGCUUAUUGCUUACGUAUAUACAUGUAUAAUAAUAUACUAUAUAAUUCGAUUGCCAUAAUAAAUAAUUAUAAUAAUAUAAUAUUAUACAGUAUGUGGUAAUACAAUACAAUGUAUAAGAUCGAAUGACGUUUUCUCACACCAUUGAAUUCUACACAGCUUCCGAACUGGUGAUUGUUUAUCGCAGAUGCAUCGACCAGUAUGCGUACACACUACACACGCACCACCGGACCGGCCGUAUCAGUCGCGUUCGAUAGGUCGUACAGGUAACAAUAACCUAACGGGUGCAUCAUGCCACCACCGCCGCUACCAUCGUCUCAUGAGGAUGCGCCAUUUGAAAAUUCACACCGACAUGUGUACGUUGUGUAAAAUUUCGUACUGUACAAUAGUCAGAUAUUAGUAUAAUAUAUCCGUCGUAAUCUAGUAUUAUUUACCUACACACCGGAAUUAGACACGGAAAUGGCCAGCGAAACGAUGGUGAACUGUAGAGAACCGGAAGUCGGAGAUUUAAAAUCCGAGCCCGAUGAAUCAUCCUACAUGCUCCGAAACAAAAGAUCGCCGCCGUCGACCAACCACGGUCUACAUCAACAUCAGCAGCAGGGACGUCAACGUCGAACGUUCGACGAUAGCUGGGCUUGGUAUGUGGUGGGUGGUUGCGCAUUUGCCAAUUUCCUGUUGCCCGGCAUGCUGAGAUCCUUCGGGCCGGAUGUUCUAGACGGGUUCGUCGAGGUCCACAAGCUUGAAUUUGAGAACCGGUCCGUCGUCGGUUGUCGGUGGAUACCAGCCACGUUCCACCUGACAUUUUUCAUAGCGGGUUCGCUGUCUGGCCUGCUAUGCAAACUAAUUUCGCACCGAGCCGUAACGUUCUGGGGUGGAUUAUUGGCUUCUGUCGGUAUGAUGUCCAGUUCAUUUGCUAACUCCAUAUCGCACCUGUACAUUAGCUACGGCAUAAUGGUGGGCUUUGGCGCGGGUUUGUGCUAUUCGGCUGGAAUACUGAUUAUCAAUGAGUAUUUUGUCAAGCACCGAGGACUCGCCAACGGGUUGUCGUUGGCAGGCACCGCGAUUGGCGCUCUGGCCCUGCCACCGUACCUUGAGUUUUUGACAUUUUCAUACGGCUACAGAGGUGGUAUUCUGAUCGUGUCCGGAAUAAUGUUGAACACUCUGGCGUGCUCGUUGACUUACAAGCCCGCGGUUGUGGACCGAGCAAUCCAACAGGACGAGGUGACCUGCACGAGGCCGCCCUGCGUUUCGUCGUCGCCUCCCACGACGUCGAUUAACGCGAUGGCAGUGACGACGACGGCACUUAGGGCGGCCACGGACCUGUACUACGCCGCAGUGGUGUCGUCGCCGUCCCCACCGCUGUUGAAACCCAAAACGACGGCGGCGGCGGCGGCGACGGCAUCCUCGACAGACGACGAAGACGACGGCGACGGCGACGACGAAGACGAAGACGACGACGACAACGACAAACGCCUGAAACACGUCCUCUGGCGGCGGUGGUUGAGACGACAACGCCCGAGAUGCGGCGGCAGUCCGUUCGCCGAGUUUCUGGCCGUGUCGGCCGUCCACGCGAUCAGCCACCUGGCGUACGCCACUGCCGUCCCCGCGCGCGGCGCCGCCCUGCACCUGGCCGCGGCCGAGGCGGUGGGUCGCCUCGUCGCACCCACCGCUUCGGACUUGCUGUCGUCCGGCGGCUCGGCGUCAGUUUAUCUGUAUGCCGCGGUAAUGGCCGCCGGCGGCGCGGUCCUGCUGACGGGCGGCGCCGCCGCCGAAUCGGACGUCGACCCGUUCCAGUGGUCGCGGCCGACGCAGUGGUCGGGGUCCCUGGUCGCGGCCUUCGGGCUGGCGUCCGGCGCGGCCGUCGGGCUAGAGCCGCUGGUCGCGGUGCAGGUGCUGGGCCGCGAGUGGCUGGCCACGUCCUAUUCGGCCACGCUACUCGGCAAAGGCGCAGCGCAACUGGCCGUCGACCUUUUCCUGCAGCGGCCGUCCGCCUCCGCCGGCGAUGGACAGUGGCCGCCGAUCUCGCCGUACUUGCUCUACGCGUUCGGCUCCUGUCUGGUGUCCAUAGCCGCGACUUGGACCGCCGCGUUCCUAGUCAAGCGUCACUACGCCACCAAGACCCGGUGCAGCCGUUACGUGAGAACCGCCUGACCGACCGCACCUGCAGCCACCGCCACCGUCGGUGACGAAACCAUCGUCCUACCGCGUUGUGUAUAGGUAAUGUCCGUGUGGUGCGGUCGCAGUACGUACCUAUAUACUUUAGGGGCUGUUUCGAACUGUGGUUUUCGCAGUAAUAUCGAAAAAUCGUAAUGCCUAGGCUCUAGGGUAUACGUAUCGUUGCCUGCAGGAAAGCGUGAAAAACGGUUAGGAAAUAUUAAUUAGAAUUUUAAAGGCUUUAGCGACGGUCCAUCCGCGUUUGAGGUAACUAUAGUUUUUGCAAUUCUUUAAAAGUGACACUUGCAGUACCUACUACCUACGCAUGUACCUAGCCACCAAAUAGUAUACCGGCCUAUUGUGCAAGACGUGAAAAUUGAACACGGUCGAUGAUCUGAGUCCUGACGCCAGAUUGUAACUUCUGCAGAUAUUAUAAUACCCAACCAUCGGAUCCACGUGUUUAUAUGCUCUUUCACAUAAUCUGUGAUCUGUUUCCUUAAUUUCUUUUCUCCUGCGCCUCUAUCGCGAAAACACUGUAAUUUGCGUCGGAAAAAUAUAUUUUCCUGCUAACGACUAUAUUGGUGCAGCGUGUAGGUACCUAUAAUUGUAAGUCGUUUAUAUAGAUAGGUACGUGGUUCAGAGCAUAACAUUGAGAGGUAGCGAUUAUCGCAAAAUAAUAAAAUUACGACUUUAAAUAAGAUUUACGUGUAGGCAGUGGAAAAUUUUAUAUUCCAACGUUUAAUAUCAUAAUAUGUGGGAUAUUAAAAACAGAAAAAUAUUAUAAUACAAAAUUUUAUAUGAAAUUUUAUUAAUGAUUCCAUUUUCAUGUAGGUUGAUAGCCUCACAUUUGAUGGUUUCGUGAUCAUGAAAAUACUGAAAUGCAUACAAAACAUACAUAUUAUGCAUUUUUCACUUAUCCACCUAAUGCGAACUACACAAAACAUUCUAAAAACCUGAACAAGACUUUAGGUACCUAUCUACUACGUAUCUAUCUACUAACAAUAAAUCAUCACAAUGUACAUAAAGAUCAGAAUGUUCACUGUUUAGUCUAUUACUAAUACAAUGCCUACACGUUGUACCAAAGUUAUUAUUAAAAAAUUACGUGCUAUUUUUGUUUAUGAUUGAUACCAACCACUAAAAUAGGUGUUUAAAUAGAUUUAAAACUGUCCAUUUCAGAGCCAUUAAAAGAAGUUGAAACACUCAAAUACAUGAAACAAUAAAAAAAGGUGUUCUGGCUUUAGUUAAGUAAUACAAUUAUUUAAGACUUUUAUUUUUUAUAAUAAUAUUGUGUAUCAUUAAUAUCUAUAUCGAUUAUAUCUAAAUUAUUUUAGAAUCUAUAGGACUAGAGUGCUUGAUGUAUGUACUCGUCAUGUGGGGUGCAUAAACGCAAUCUAAUACGUUUUGUGCACUCAGUGAAGUAGGUAAAUGAAUUUAUUAUAAAGCAUAGUCCCUAUAGAACCGUAUGUGGUUGACCACAAUUUUCGAUGUGCUGUGAACUGAACUCCUAUUGAAAAUUCGCUGACAUGUUCUGCAUAUUUCAAUUUCAAUUAUUAUAGCAAAUUAUGUUCUCUCAAUAUUAUCUAAUCGUUUUCAACAUUAAAAUUAUUUUAAUUUUUUC